AUGACUUCUCGAAAACUUAACACUUCUAAUCAAGAUGAUGUUAUUCGCGGAACCGAUGAAGACGCCGUUACGAGCAAACUUUCGGCAGUAAACAUGGGAUACAUCAAGGACGAAUAUGUCAAAUGGUUUGUUAGAAGACCUGCCAGAAGGUCACCCAUUAUUAAUAGAGGAACAUACGUUCGUAACAUAGGGUUGGAUACCUUGAUUAUAAAGUUUUUAGAAAUUGAUGAUGUAAAGAAACAAAUAGUUUCGCUUGGUGCUGGAUCGGACACGAGAUAUUUUCAUCUGAAGUCUUUGUCGCGAAAAUUCCACAAAUAUUUCGAGAUCGACUUUCCCGAGAUUACAGCAAAAAAAGUUCUGACCAUUCGAAAACACAAAGAGUUAUCUGACUUGAUUGGAGAUGAUGCAAAACUAGGGAAGGAUAAUACAGAGAUUUACGCGUCAGAUUAUUGUUUGCUUUCGGGCGAUCUUAGAGGAUUCGUCCAAGAAAUGGUUCCAUGGAUGGAAUCCAAUGGAUUUGAUCGCAGCAUUCCAACUUUGUUUCUAUCUGAAUGUGUGAUGAUUUAUAUGGAUUCGAAUGAUUCCAACAAGAUUGUCGAAUGGGCGGCUUCCAAUUUAAUAACAUCUAUGUUUAUAGUUUAUGAGCAAAUAUUACCAAAUGAUGUAUUCGGAUCUACCAUGUUACAAAACCUAAGACUUCGGAACAUAGAACUUCGCGGCAUACAUGCUUAUCCUGAUCUAGAAAGUCAGAAAGAGCGAUUUCUUUCACGCGGAUGGAUUCAUGCAGAGGCUGUUGACAUAAAUAAAGUUCAUGAUUCUUAUAUUGACCCAAAAGAACUCGCACGAAUAUCGAGAUUGGAAUUUUUGGAUGAAUUCGAAGAAUGGCACUUGCUCGCCGCGCAUUAUUGCAUUGCUUGGGCUUACAAGGUAACCGAUGAAUCACAAAAACUGCUAUACAAUAAAGUGCAAUUUUAUGACUAUAAGAAUGUAACACAUUAG